CAAACCCUAAAAAACCCAAUUCGUAAACAAGAUAAAAAUCGAAACUUGCAAGAGACAGAAAGAUCUUUGAAGAAGAACGAAAGCCCAAUCGUAGGGGAAGCAAACAAUAGCUGUCUCCAGCCGAUUUUUUCAUCAAUCUUGAAGAGUAUAGGUGGUGUUUUUGAUCAAAUUCACGAAGAUAUGACGUCUCACGAAAUUGCAGUUCUUCCCAUUCGACAACAACCCGUUAACGCAGUGGUAAAGCAGAAGAAUGCAGGACCAGUGGAGCGAAGGAACAGGCGAGCCCUUGGUGAUAUUGGAAAUCUUGCGAUUGUUCCCAGUGUUGAAACUGGGAAACCAACUCAGAUUAAUCGACCGAUUACAAGGAAUUUUCGUAAGCAACUAGUAUCAAAUGCACAAGCUGAAGCAGAUAAGAAUGUGAAGAAAACACAAGCAGAAGCUAAAAAGGGGGAUGUAGCAAAGAAAAACAAUGAAGAAACCCCAAAAAGAAGGUCACAAAAGCCUUCAAAGUCACUAACCUCUGUCCUUACUGCUCGAAGCAAGCUAGCUUGUGGGAUCACUACUAAACCGAAAGAUCCACUGGUUAACAUCGAUGAAGCAGAUGCCAACAAUGAAUUGGCAGAAGUGGAAUACGUUGAAGAUAUUUACAGGUUCUACAAGCUCUCAGAGACUGAAGGCGGUUUACGUGAUUACAUGAGUUCACAGCCUAAUCUAAAUGCCAAAAUGCGAGCCAUUUUGAUUGAUUGGAUAGUUGAAGUUCACGGGAAGUUUGAACUAAUGCCCGAGAGUCUUUAUCUCACCAUCAACAUUGUUGAUCGUUACCUAUCUGUGAGAACUGUUCCCCGUGUGGAAUUUCAGUUGGUUGGUAUCAGUGCACUGCUCAUGGCAUGCAAAUACGAGGAAAUAUGGCCACCACAAGUCGAUGAUUUGAUUGCAAUAUCUGAUAAUGCAUACUGCAGAGAGCAGAUCCUGGCCAUGGAGAAAGCGAUUCUGGGUCACCUAGGUUGGUUCUUGACUGUUCCAACACCCUAUGUGUUUCUUGUGCGGUACACAAAAGCUUCACUUCCUACUGAUAGCAAGAUGGAGAAUAUGGUGCUCUUCUUGGCUGAACUCGGGUUGAUGCACUACUCGAUUAUAGUGACCAACAGCCCUUCAAAGCUAGCUGCUUCUGCUGUUUAUGCAGCUCGGUGUACCCUAAAUAAGACCCCGGCUUGGACUGAAACACUCAAGCAUCACACUGGUUACUAUGAAGAUGAAGUAAAGGAUUGUGCCAAGAGUUUAGUGAGUUUUCAUGCUUGUGCCAGUGAAAACCAGUUGAAUUCCGUUUAUACAAAGUUUGUAAAUCCUGAGAAAGGUACAGUGGCUCUCUUCCCUCCGGUGAAAAUCUUGUAGCCGAGAAUGGUACUGGUGGUCUGCCGUGAACAGGCGGACGUGGGUGCUGUGUUGUAUCGAUGUUUUGGUUGAGAUCAUUUUACUAUUAUGAUCUUAAUUUUUACUUACCGACGAUUAUAUAUGUUUUGUUUAUAAUACUUUGUAAUUGGUAAUACUCUUGUAAUCGUGUAGAGUAAUAAGAAACUCAUCAUUUUGUGUAA